CUCGGAAUCAAGUAUGGGCAUUGCUACACCAUGACCGACGUGAACGGGCUCCAUCUGAACCGUGAAAUCUCUGGCACCUACCAGUCGGGAGGAGACAUUGAUAAUCUCAUCUUCAGAGUCUGCAAGUCCACCGACGACUGCUCCGGAAACCAAGGCCAGUUCGUCCCCGACGACGGCACCUGGUAUCUGCAGGACCAGCUCGGCUCUCGCGGCGGGAAAGGGCCCGGCUGGUUCGGCAAUAUCUCCCCGCACAUGGGCAUUGUCGAGGCGAACAGAGCUGAUCGGGCCGCCAAGUUCAAGGGCGAGGGUUUCUGCAUGUUUGGCGACUGUGCAAUUUGUCUCCGGCUGACAGACAGUGGACUGUCGGCGCCGUGCCCAAUGGGGGCGAUCUCCGACAAGGCGCAUAUCGGCCGGGCUAGUAACCCAAACAACUGCAAGGCGUACCGGUUCCAGGAGGUCAAGUGCGUCAAGGGUGUUUAG